AUGCCUUCGAAAUACGGUCAAGAUCAAGGUUUUUUGCAUGAACAUGAAAAGCGUGAGCUGGAGAGCAUCUCCAUAAACUACAACAAAUACUGGGGCUCAAUCAACUGGGCGCCUCACCUUAUGCCUUUUAAAGCACAGAAAGUUCUGGGGGUCGAUAUCAAGCGUGCACCAUCACUUAACGCCUGUGUUCAAGAGAUCAAAGCGUUCCGAACGAAUUUAGCGUUGCUAUGCAAUUUCGAUUGGGUUCCAAUUCCGAUUGCUUAUCCACAGGUGGUGUUUCUCGCGGUUCGCGUAUACUUUGUCAUCUGUCUCAUCUCACGCCAAUACAUUGUAGACAACAUGGCCGGUAACGAAAGUGUG